AUGGCCAUGGAGAACGCUCCCAUGAAAAAUUGGGAACUUACUUUGUAUGAAUUGCAACGCAAACCGCAGGAGCCGAUCACUGAUGGUACUAAAAUAGCUGUUAGUCCUCGCAGUCUUCAAUCAGAACUGAUGUGUCCUAUUUGUCUUGACAUCCUUAAAGUAACCAUGACAACUAAGGAGUGUCUCCAUCGAUUUUGUUCGGAUUGCAUUGUCACAGCCUUGAGAAAUGGAAAUAAAGAAUGCCCAACAUGCCGCAAAAAGCUAGUUUCAAAACGUUCUCUUCGUCGUGAUCCCAAUUUUGAUGCGCUUAUUGCAAAAAUAUACCCAGAUCGAGAGGAGUACGAGGCUCAUCAGAAUAGAGUUCUUGCCAAGUUGAAUAAGCAGCAGUUUAACAACCGGGCGUCUUUGCAAGAAAGCGGCCAGUCGCUUAUUCACGGUUCUAAUGAUAUCGAUUCCGCACGAUAUCGAAACCGGCGGUCUGCAGGCAACAAUGGUUUUGCAACUACUGAUUCCGUUAUCAGUGAGGACGAUGCUGCCUCAAUAACGGGCAGUCUGAACCAACGAGCAUCGCGGGUCAAUUCAGACGCAGAAAGCGGAACAAUGGAGACUACAUCAGUGGGUGGGGCCAGCUCAGUUGAUUUCGGGCACCCACACCAACAAUUACAUAAUCAACGAGUGCGCACUUUUAGUAACAACGCUACUCCUGCUUCAACCACCACCGUGAUCCCCGAAGUCGAGUUGAUGCUCCGUCCCUUGCCACCAGAGCAUCGGAGAGGCAUGACUCUUACCUCUUCUGCUGUCUCUCUUGAUAGCACCGUAGUGGAGUGUCAUGGCAGCCAGGUUAAAUCAGAAGAUGGAGGGCACCGUGCCACUGCCUCUAGCCCUCAUGGUACUAACUCCGAACUGGUAUCGGAGGAAUCGCUGCUGGCUCCUGCUGUCAAGUACAUCAAGGUACCAUCGAAUGCUACAGUCGACCACUUGGGAAGAUUUUUGUCGAUUCGUUUUAAUCUACAACGGGUGCACAAAGAUGUCAUGGAAAAUGACCCGUAUUUCAGCCUCUUUUACUAUAACGAGGCUUCGAGCGAGUAUGUUCCUUUACAGCCAAGUAUGACUAUCGAUGAAAUUAGUCGAAAUUACUGGAGUGGAUUGAAUAGUCUGAGUCUCUACUACCUCCGAGAGCAAUCUCAUCACCCCUCAUAA